AUGGCAUCCUACAUGUUGUUGCUAGUUGCCAUUGUUUGGCACUGCUGUAGUGUACUGGUUGUCGAUGCAAAAGAAGGUACUACCCGUGAGAUGUUUUUAGGGGGUGGGUUGUGGGUAGUUAACGAGGGAUGCUUAAGUGUGGGGAAGGACCCUAAAAGCACUUAUCGGGGAAGUAGACGCUGCAUACUGGAACCCAAAGAUACUAGUCCUAACAUAAGGAAGGAAGGGAUGAAGGACGUUCAUUCGUUCCGCAUACCCUCACUCAUUGAGGUUGACGGCGUAAUAAUUGGUAUCGCGGAUUGUCGAUACACAUCGUCUGAGGACUUCGCAUUUAUUGACACGGUUGCGCGAUACAGUGCGGAUGGUGGUCGUACGUGGAAGACCGAGAUUAUUUUUGAGAACGCCCGCGUAAAUAAGGACCACUCCCGCGUCGUGGACCCCACAGUUGUUGUAAAGAACAACACGGUAUUUGUUCUGGUAGGAAGGUACAACAACUCCAAAACGUGGUGGACGGGACAAGCUAACGGCGAUGACUGGGAUAUACUGAUGUACAAGGGCACUGUUCAGAAGACAGUGGAUGAGAGCGGCAAUGCGAGUGCAACCAUUGUAUGGAAGGAUCCCCAGUACCUGAAAUCGUUGUUAGGCACCGUUGGGAAAAUAAACGGCCGUUCACCCAUUCAGUACCUUGGUGGUGUGGGUAACGGUAUCGUGACGCCGAAUGGUACGGUUGUAUUCCCCGUGCAGAUCCUAGAUGCCGAAAAUUAUCUCACUGCAAUGAUAUUAUAUUCUGAUGAUGACGGGAAGACGUGGGAGUUUAGCAAGGGUGCAACUCCUAUUGGCACAACUGAGUCCUCCAUUGUGUGGUGGGGCGAGAGGCUUCUGCUCAAUGGGAGGACAGACAAGGUUGGAAGAUACGUUGAUGCCGGGUACCGCAAGGUGUUCGAAUCUAGUGACAUGGGGGCAACUUGGGUUGAAUCACUAGGAACCAUUUCUCGCGUUAUUGGCAACUCACCGGAACGUAACCAACCAGGCAGCUCGGGUAGUUCGAUCAAAGUAACCGUUGACGAUGUGCCUGUGAUGCUUGUCACCCAGCCAAAGAAUAUUCAUGGCAAGUGGAUACGUGAUCGGCUGCAACUGUGGUUGACUGAUGGUAACCGUGUGUUCUUCGUUGGACAGAUUUCUGUGGGUGAUGACAGCAGUCCAUAUAGCUCCCUGUUGUACACAAAGACUGGGGAGUUACACUGCCUGCAUGAAGAGAGCAUUGUUGGUGUUGUCAGCCUACACCUUGUACACCUCGUUGAUGAACUUGAGCUUAUCCGGUCGACCGUAAGGCUGUGGAAAGCACAAGACAGACUGCUGGCUGGUACGUGUUCUUCAGAUGUCACCGAUGAAACCACCUGCACUGGGAUCCCCACUGCCGGUCUCGUUGGCCUGCUUGCUGGGCCCGCAGUCGGAACUGUGUGGUCUGACGCUUACCAGUGCGUGAACGCUAGUGUGGGUGGUGCUGCCGUUAUUGAUGAUGGAUUGCAGCUAAGUGGCAAGAAUGACAGCAGUGUGUCAUGGCCCGUGAGCGAGCAGGGGCAGGACCAACGUUAUCACUUUGCUAAUACUCACUUUACGCUUGUGGUGACAGUGCAACUUGCGGAAAUCACGCAGAAUGAGACGUCGUUGGUGGGGUUUGUGACGCAUGAUGGACAGACCAGCAAGUACAUUACGCUAUCCCUUGUGAAGGAUGUUUGCCGGCAUGGCGCUGGUCAGGUUUCGGGUGCGGUAGAAGACGAGCAGUCUCCCGGUACGAAUGGGAUCCACCAGGUUGCGCUCACGUUGAGUGCUGGGAAGGUUUUCGCUCAUCUUGAUGGAAAGCACCUGCCUGAUAUGGACACCAUAGUUACAGGUGCUGGUAAACUGCUUAACAUCUCCCGCUUCUUCGUUGGUCAUCCUGGCGUACAGGAUGUGGCAGCAGGUGAUGGUGUAGUUGUGAAGAACGUGCUCCUGUAUAAUCGGCAACUGAGCGGGAGUGAGCUGCGGUCUCUUUAUCUUAAUAACAAUGUGAUCGCGGUAUCUCAACUGUCACCGGAGGGGAGAUCACCCUCUCUGCUUAAAGAUAUUGCUGAGGGUAUUGGAAACGAGAUGAAUGAAAACUGCGCGUCAUUGAAACUCGUUGUUAUCUCCGAUGGGGGCGUGCGGGUGCAUCGGUUACUUUACCUGUUGAUGGGUCUUGGACUGCUCCAGUUACUGUCAGCAUAG